ACGCAGGUGCGUUGCGAUCGUUAAGUUAAACUUGGAGUGAACUGGAAAUGGCAGAUUUUGUGGAAGUGAACUGGAAAUGGCAGAUUUUAUGGAAGAACAAUUAUGGAAGAAGUUUCACAGUUUACUGGAAAAAUGGAAGCAAAUGCAAAUUAAAAGGCAAGUGUUUUACAAUUUUUUUAAUCAACUUUUAUAUUGCCUUAUGAUUUUUGCAUUGGUUUAAACGCACAUAACAUCUUGGAAGGCUGCUUAUCGAAAUUUUGCUCAUCUCCCAUGUAAAUGGAAUCCACAUUCAAGAUCCACAAUUGCCACUUCACGCCUGCGCAUCGCCGGAAAUGCCGCACGAAGUGGGGUCAACUUGAACAGGAGCGGGAAACGGAAGUAGAGCAGCGGUGCCGAACUCGCGCAUACACUCACACACACUCACGAAUCCUUCGUACGUCCUGGCAAAAGGUGCACGUCUGUGCCUGUGGAACUCGUCGGGCCGAGAACUAAACGACGCGACCCGAAUCGUUGGCCGAGUUUUGAGUUUCGAGUGCUCGGCGUUUCAGUUUCGUUUAAGUUAUCGAACGUAGCGGUUUGUGCCACGCGACUGAGAAAGGAUAAUCGCAGGAUUUGACUCGAUUCGGUUCGAUUUGAUUCGGAUCGCAUCGCCAUCGCAACGCAACAAAACUCGAUUUUGAUAUCUCGAAGCUGCAAGUGCUCCAAAAAUCCCAUACGCGAGAUCUGCUUAAAAAGGGGCAAUUAAACGGUCGCGAUCGCCGAUUGCAAUUGCGGUCGGCUCGUCCUGCCAUCCGGUACCGCUCCCCCCGCUGUCCGCCGUUACCCCAUCCCCCCUCUCUCGCUCUCUCUCUCUCCACGCGACCAGCAACCACGGUAUUUAAACGCAUCGCGCCGCGAAACGCGUGCCGCCGCCAAUUGCAGCUGUUGUUUGUUGUUUUUUUCGGUUGAGUGUGUGUGAGUGUACCGUUUUUAUUGUUAGUUUUUUUUUGGGGGGUUUUUGGAAUUGACAACAAAAACAACAACCAAAAACAAAGCGAAAGAGAAAGAAGUUCAGCCAGCGGAAAUUCACAAGUGAAAACGUAAACAAUGAAAAUGAGACGGCAGGCGGAAAAGUGAAUUCCAGUUGAUUGCAGCUGCUGCGAAAAGCUAAGCAUCCUUUGGGGCUGCCCCAAUAACUCAAAACGAUUCCAACAUUCAACGCACCCAGCGAGCAAAAGUCAAAACUCAAACUCAAAACUUUUCUGUGUCGCCGCGUAGCGAACUGCCACGCCCACGUGCUCCAGAAGGCGGGAGGCGCUAAGUAGCAGGCCGCAAAAGCAGAAGGAGAAGGCGACUGCCGCCGAGCCCAAAAAUCGAGGAGCGGAAAAAGUGAAAACCACAAGAGCUCGGCAGACGGGCGAAAGGAGAGCGAGGAGCUCGGAGGGCGGAUUGUAUCCACAUUCGCUUUCACAGGCCCCCAGGAAAACUGCAGCUGGAAUUAACACAAAAGCUAGCAUAAAUUGAGUUCCUGACAAACCGACUUGGCAGUGAAUAUAUAUAUGCAUAUAGUUAGCCAAACGAAGAUGUCGACACACUGGCUAAUUCUCCUGGGCAUUCUGAGUUUGCUGGCAGGCUCCACGGACGGCGCCUCGAAGCGCUUCUUCACGGACUUCCUGCAGGACCUGCCCACUCCGGGAACCGGAGGACCCACCUUCGACACGACCAUCGGCACCAACAUCACGGGACUCGUCGGCAAGACGGUGAAGCUGACCUGCCGCGUCAAGAAUUUGGGCAAUCGCACGGUAUCCUGGGUGCGGCACAGGGACAUACACCUGCUGACAGUGGGACGCUACACGUACACCUCCGACCAGCGAUUCGAGGCGAUGCACUCGCCACACGCCGAGGACUGGACUCUAAGGAUCCGGUACGCCCAGCGCAAGGACUCCGGCAUCUACGAGUGCCAGAUAUCGACCACGCCCCCCAUCGGACACUCCGUCUACCUCAACAUCGUUGAGCCCGUCACCGACAUCAUCGGAGGUCCCGAGCUGCACAUCAACCGUGGAUCCACCAUCAAUUUGACUUGCAUUGUGAAAUUCGCACCGGAACCCCCGCCAACCGUCAUUUGGUCGCACAACCGAGAGAUCAUAAAUUUCGAUUCACCUCGCGGCGGCAUAUCAUUAGUCACCGAGAAAGGUGUGCUGACCACCAGCCGGCUCCUGGUGCAGAAGGCCAUCACCCAGGACUCGGGCCUCUACACAUGCACCCCCUCCAAUGCCAAUCCGACGUCGGUGCGCGUGCAUAUCGUCGAUGGCGAGCAUCCGGCGGCCAUGCACACGGGCAAUAACGGCAACUCGACGGCGUCGCAGCCGCCGGUCCUCCUGCCGCUGGUCCUCCUCACCUGCGGCACGCUGAUGCUGCUGCAGCUGGUCGCCUGCUGCUCCGUCGCCGCCCUCUUCACGGCCACGCCCCUCGGCGCACCGUGGAGCACCGCCCACCGGAGAUCGGGAUUGCUUGGGGAUGCAGCCAGGAUUCGGCGAUGCCAGGACAUCGAGGAUCAGGAUAAGGAGAAGGAGAAGGAGGAUCUGUGCCGACGGGGAUUCGAGCGAAGUGCGGUGCCCGGGACAUAGCUUCUCGGUGGAUUGUCAACUGGAAACGCUGCCGCAUUGCCAACAGGAAUCGCAUAUUAGGUUCCCCAGGCUGGUGGGUUUACAACUACCACCCCACCCCCUUCACCCAAUACCCAACCCCCGCUCUCUAUCAUUCAGAGCCCCUCGUGUCCUUGGUUACCUGGUUUUCGGUUUGGCCCUCUGCCCACGAGCACACCCCAUCCACCUUUUCGUGGACCUUCUCUCCGCUGGAGCUUAUCCUGUUAUCACUAAAUUAAGUAGCCAGACUUGGUCCAAAAAAGAGUAAAACAGAAAAGAAGGAGAAACCGAAACCGAAACCGAAACAGAAAUAUAAACCUAAAACCGGUACGUACUUAUCAGUCUUUUCUAUAACUAACCGGGGAAAACACAGAUAAUGCAGCAGGAUCCCAAGUUGAGAUGGGAAACCGCAAGAAGAACAACUUUUUUCGGGGAGGGGGAGGGGGCAGCUAAGAAUAAAUAGAAAAAAGAACAGAAAGAGAAACAAGAAAAACUCCACGCAGAAAACACCUUGUAAAUAGAGCAACUUACAUGAGAUUUCUCUUCCAUCGAAAAAGUGACUGGCGAAAGGAAAUGUCGAGUGUAUGCAUUCAUCUACUCAGCUUUAUUUUUUCCCUUCGGUUGGUUUCCACUUCUACAAAUACACACACAGACACACACACCUACAUACACAAACACAUACACAUUCUCUCUCUAGUACAAGGAUAAGCUAUAGGUGUCUAAACAUAUUAUAAAUAAAUAGCAGCGAGAAGUUUUGAUGGGAAACCCCUUGCGAUUUGAGGCAAGUCAAAGUACGAUAAAGAAUUUUUUUUUGAUAACUAGCAUAAGUUCAAGACUAUAGUAAAAUAUAAGAUAAAUGAUGAUGAUAAAGGAGAGGAGGAGGAGGAGAAGGAGAAGGGGAAGCAGGAGGGGAAGUAGAUAAAACGGAUGGAAGCUGAGAUUAGCGAUUGAUUGUUGGAUUAAAUGUGUACAUAUAAGCAAAUCAGCAUAAUUAGUCUACGGAUAUUUUUUUUGUUUUUUUUUUCGGCUACUCCCAUAUAUCAGAUCAGAAUAAUCUCUACCUAUAUAUAGGGCAUUUUGAUGUGUUUAGGGCGAUAAGCGAUACUAAUUAUUGUUGUGUGUUUGAGGAAACGUAACGAAUCGAAACGAGGAAAACAAAGAAAACGCAGAUAUUGACAUAGAAAUGUAAAACUAUCCAAUACAGCGUAUUGCUAAUUCAACUCGAGUAUUUAAGUGUCUCUCUCUCAAACUAUCUCUAUCUCUCUCUAUUUCUCUAUAACUCUCUAACUGAUUCUCUUUGAAGAAAGAAAAAACAAAUGAAAAACCAAACAAAAAAAAAAGAAGAAGGAAGAAAGAACAGUAACUGUAACUUUAAGCCAAGCUAGUGGAAAGAUAGAGUCACAGGUACAGAUACAGAUACAGAUACAGAAUCAGAUACAGAAUCAGAUCCGCGAUCCCACCCCAGAGAAAGGGUCUAACCCUAUCCCAUCCCAGCCCCCAAAAAAUCUGGUGAGCCAGGCACUGGAAACUUCUCAUACGAUUUCGCUCCAAAUGAAAAACCAAGAAAAGAAACGAAAAACAAAACAGAAUAUUCAAAAUACUCUCCAUACUAAACGUAAUUAAAUGGAUAUAAAUAUGGUGGUACACUUAGAAUGCAUAACUAUAAUAAUAAAGAAGGAGAAGCAGAUCGAAAACCAAAAGAAUAUAUUUUAUGAAUGUGAUGAAGUUUAGCAAAUUAAAAGUACAUAUAUUGAGAGCCCCAAACUAAAGACCAAAAAUUCAGAAAGUAAUUCAUCAAAAAGAAACUUUGAGCCCCAAUGAAGCGAGUUAAAUUCUUUCAAAAUUUAAAAGAUCUUGUCAACGGAUCAAUAUCGGAAUAUCAUCCCAACCAUAUAAAAUUAAAGCAGUUUCAUCCACUCAGAGAAAAUCUGCGACCGAAUUGAAGAUAAAUGUACUUGUAAAUGUAUCGAUCAGUAUUUUGAUUUUCCUCUCCAUCUAUCCGCAUGCACUAGUCUAAGCAGAACUUAAAAAGAGUGUUUAAAUGUUUAUAAGCAAAUUGAAUGUAAUUCAAUAUCAAAACCGAAAAACCGAAACCAGAACCGAAACCGAAACACAAAAACAGCAAAAAAAGCGCAUAGCAAACAAAAAAAAAAAAAAACGUAUAAGUAAAAGUAAAAACAAAAAGAGGAACGACAAUUUCUAUGUAUAAAAUAAGGUGAAAUAAAGUCCAUGUUGCAGAUGCUAAACCUAUGAAUAUAUGGUAUAUUGUAAUUGAAUGAAACCGAUAUAAAUAUGUAAAUGAUAAGCGAUAAUUAAAAAUGUGUUGACCCCAUUUAUUAUGUUCGUUCGUUUUGUGUACAUUAAUUUUAUGAAGCUCUUUAUUUUGCUUUUUUUUUGUCGCUGUUUCGAUUUCUUUGUGAGGGCUAUGGUUUUUUUUUUUUAUUGUUUUUGCGGUAGAGUUAAUUAAAGGGAAAAGUAAACAGAAAAUGCCGGAAGAGCGUAAAAACAAUUUUAAAGUAAAUAUGUUAAAUACAAUUUUAAGCAUAAACAAUGGCGUCAAAAGCAAACAAUUUUAAUGUGGUUAAAUAAGAAAAAUGCCGAAUUCAAUGGAUAAUAUGUGUGUUGUUCCAAUUGAAAACGGGACACUUUGAAAUAUUACAAUUCAUAAUAACUAUUAAUACGAGAGGAAGGGUAUGAGAACUGGAUCCUACCAUCAAGUGGAACAAGAGUUACGGAUUAAAUUGCAUAGGUCUAGGCAGAAAUUAACGAAGGUCAUUUACCGAUUCGUAAUACACACACAAACACACCCGCAACACAUUCACAACCACAAACACACACACACACGCACACAUUCAGAUCCAUGCAAUUUGAACCAGAGAAUUUGAACCGAAAAACGAGAGAUUCGAUCAGAACAAAACCAAAUAUGAAUUCAAUAAAAGUGUAAAAAAAAAAAACAAAA